GUAGCACCAGCGCUAUGUAAAGUAAGUCAGUACUCAAAAGUCGGUCGUUGCGAAAAGAAAAACUCCAAGAAACGCCUUUAGAAAAAAAAUUAUAAUAUCAAAAAAAAAAAUCAAAUCAAAUAGAAAUCAUGAAUAGAUUAUUCCUUAUUGGAUUAUUGGUAUUGGCUGUGGCUGCAUUCAAUGUCAAUGCAGAAUGUGUUGAUGGAGAAUUAAAACAACCUGCCGAGGGUGAAGUUGCCACUGAAGAUAAAGAUAGUGAUUUGUCGGUGUUUUUCAAAAAAGUCGGUUGUUCAUUGAAAAAAGGUGCUGGCAAAGUCCAAGAAGGAGCUAAGAAACUUGGAGGCGAAAUCAAAGAAGGUGCAAAGAAAUUCAAAGAAAGUGCCAAGAAAUUCGGAUCGAAUGUUAAGACAAAGUUUGGAGAAUUCAAGGACAAAUUGAGUGAUUCUUCAGAGGAGACUGUAGUCACAACACCACACACUCUAUUUAUCAGCCAAAAUGUGGAGCUAAUUAAUACUGAUGUGGCUAAAGCUGAGCAGAAGUGUGGAAAUGGAUAUAUUCUAGAUGUUUUAGGAGAAUGCAAGAAACUUUAAAUUUGUGUGUGAUAAAU